GGCGGAGGGGGCCGAUUAUCCAUUAUUAACGAGUUGUCUUCUAAUAAGCAGAGAGCGGCUCGUUAGCAGCGCAGGAGGCGCGCGGGGAAGGGGGGUCCCCGGCCGAGCGCAGCGCACACCCGUGGCGCACGGCGGGCGGCGCGGCGCCGAGGACACCCGGGCCCGCGCGCGGAGCCGGGGCGGGCCCGGGGGCGGCACAGACCCCGGGCGCGGGAGGCCCGCGGCGCCCCCUGGCUCUUGGCGCUCGGGGCCAGCGCAGCCCGGGGCUAGCGGGGCGCGGGCCGGGGAGGGGGAGCUGCCAGCGCUCUCCAUCCCCCUCCCCCCCGGGCGGGCCGGCGGCCGGGGGGAGGGCGGGCGGCGGCGGCUCGCUGUAUAUAUCUCGGCGCACCCCGCCAGGUCGCGCACAGCGCCCCGAGCCCAGGCGCCUCCCCGCCCCCCUCCCGCGCUCCGCGGCGGCGGCGGCGGCAGCAGUAGCAGCAAUAUGGCUGUUGAUGGGUGUUUGGGGUGGCGCUGGCGGCGGGAGGAGCUCCCCCGAGCCCCUGCGCCGGCUGCCCGUUGCUAGCUAUGGCAAAUGGUGGCGGCGGCGGCGGCGGCAGCAGCGGCGGCGGCGGCGGCGGCGGAGGCAGCAGUCUUAGAAUGAGUAGCAAUAUCCACGCGAACCAUCUCAGCCUAGACGCGUCCUCCUCCUCCUCUUCCUCUUCUUCUUCUUCCUCCUCCUCUUCCUCCUCGUCCUCGGUCCACGAGCCCAAGAUGGAUGCGCUCAUCAUCCCGGUGACCAUGGAGGUGCCGUGCGACAGCCGGGGCCAACGCAUGUGGUGGGCUUUCCUGGCCUCCUCCAUGGUUACUUUCUUCGGGGGCCUCUUCAUCAUCUUGCUCUGGCGGACGCUCAAGUACCUGUGGACCGUGUGCUGCCACUGCGGGGGCAAGACCAAGAUUUCCCAAGAAAACAUAGGCUGCCUUUCCAGAAAAUUCUACCAGCCCUCAGAUGGGUUCAUCCUCACCAUCCUUCAGCCCCAAGAUGGUUUGAUCAAGAGCUGGAUUACAGAGGAAAGCAGGUCUUUUGUAGCAUCUAAAAUUCUAUGGGAGAUAAAAUUCAGCAAGGACCUCCAAUUUCAUGAAUAUUUGGUCUCUGGGAUUGCACCAUCCUUUUUCAUCAAAGGAAUACAAGACUGUGGACAUGCAUCGUGGGACAUCUCUUCAUUAGUACCUCUGGUCUCUGAAUCUCAAAUAGUGAAUGACUUUAGUCUUUUGAAAAGAGUGGCAUGUGGACUUUUUCAGAAAGUGAAGAAGAAAACAUUACAAUUUCCUCCUGUUGGGAACUUGGUCACAGUCAUUCCAGUACUGUGUUCUUUGCUGUACUUUUUCACAUUGUUUUUUUCUUUGUGGGAUUUCAUCAGAGCUCUCUAUUCACUUGGGUGUGACAUUGUGAAGUUCGAUCCUGUUGUAGACUAUAUUGAAUAGGGAGCUGCUCUGAUAGCCUGAAUAAAGCCAUGACUUUGAAG